GGUCGUUUUGAAAUCUUGUCACUCUCUGGAUCAUUCCUGCUGACCCAGAGUGGAGGAGGCCAGCAUCGUCAAACAGGCAGUCAAUGUGUUUCAUUAGCCGAUCCCGACGGGCAUGUCAUAGGCGGCCGGGUGGCGGGCGCAUUGAUAGCGGCCUCACCGGUGCAGGUGAUCGUGGGCAGCUUUAGCUCUCAAGGUCAAGGGAAGAAGGGAACUUUGCAGUCGAGCACUUCAGGGCCUUCUGCGUCCGGGGCAAAAGGCUUGGAAAGACUCGCGUCGCUUGCCGGCAGCUUCUCGGCUUGAGCACCACGACACACAGUGAACUAACUUUAUACAAGUAGAGAUUUCCAGCCAGCCGCCAAAUAGCAGCAGUCCUCUGUGUUUCCUGUGUUAAUUGAAUCGAUUGAGGUUGUGUACACAUUCUUUCUUCUUCUUAAUUUUUGUGGGAAAAUGCUGGUAUAAACUUCAAGAUCCAAAAGUAUUAUACACGUUUUGAUCACGUGAACUGCACUACUAAGGUCAAACGUUGGUAUUUAACAAUUCUUGACCACCGUCGGCCUUUGUCUCUUCCGGCGUGCUAUAAUUGGAAUUCCAAGCCAGCUCCAGGUCACUACUUGACGAGCAAAUGGCUUAUCCUUGGACUGCUCUGCUCUCCUCUGCGUUCCUUAUCCUCGUCACAGCUCCCGCCGUGCUCUCCGCCUUCGAUUGCAACGCCGGCGACCGUGCCGCCCUCCUCGCAGUCAAGCACGCCCUCGGCAGCCCUCCCUUGCUCGCCACGUGGCUCCCCAACACCAACUGCUGCGCCUGGGACAACCUCUACUGCGAUACCACCACCGGCCGCGUCUACAACGUCUACAUCUACGACGCCGGCGUCGCCCCCGGCACCCCAGUCCCCGCCGCGUUAGGAGACCUCCCGUUCCUGGAAAGCCUCUCCCUCGAGGACAUGCCCGGCCUCUCCGGGCCCAUCCCUCCCUCCUUCGCCCGCCUCUCCCGCCUCUACCUCCUGUGGAUCUCCAACACCUCUGUUUCCGGCCAAGUCCCGGCCUUCCUCGUCGGCACCAACCUCAGCGCGCUCACCCUGCCAAACAACAAGCUCUCCGGCGCCAUCCCCCCGCAGCUGGCCCGGCUUCCGUACCUCCGGUACUUGGAUCUCAGCGGCAACCAUCUCUCCGGCUCGAUACCGCCGGGGUUGCUCCACGGCGAGUACCAGUUCCUCGUACUGUCGAACAACAGGUUGAGCGGGGAGAUCCCCGCAUCGUACGGCGAGGGGGACGUGAACACGAUCGACUUGGGGCGGAACCGGCUGAGUGGUGACCCGGCGUUCUUGUUCAACCGGACGCGGCCGACGGUGAAGCUGGAUCUGUCGCGGAACGAGUUCGGGUUCGACCUGACGAAGGCGGAGAUGCCGUGGCAGAUGGAAUACCUGGACCUGAGCCACAACCGCCUCCGGGGCGGCGUCCCGAAGUCACUCAAGGACUUGUACAAGCUGCGGGUGCUCGACUUGUCUUACAACACGCUGUGCGGGGAGAUCCCGACGGGGAGGGCGAUGGCGUACCACGCUGCGGCGAGCUACCUCCACAAUAAGUGCCUCUGCGGUACGCCGCUACCGCCAUGCCGUCGCCUGUGAGCGGAGCUACGGCAUGCGUCGCGGUCUCGAGAGAGUUAAUUAAGUCGAGUGCAGCUUGCUCUGUUCGUUUUCUUCUCUGACCGUGAUCCAUCUCCCGGCAGCGCAAUCAAUAAUCAGGAUCGCUCUGUGUUUUGUGUCAAAACAAAAGGAACUUUAGAUCUUAUUCGUAAUUUAUUUAUAGAAAUGAGUUUCGAUA